AGUACUGAGUAGACGUCAGUUAUUUUCUUAUUAUUUUUUUUAAAAUAUUUAUGCAGUCAGUGUUAAUUCAGUAAACAAUUAUAUACUUGAUACAAACUUAAGAUGACUUCAUCAUCGUCACCGUCUUCAUCAUCUUCAAAGUGUUCAAAUAUUGCAUCAGUCUGCUUCAUACCUAAAGAGUGGAAUGAUUACCCAACAUCAACUCUAGAAUGUGUACUGACCACUGACAUUAAAGAGCAUAUGAAGAAUUACAAAGAAGUGGUAGGUGCCCCGAUUUCAGUUGGUGGUGUGCCAGCAAAACUUGAGUUAUUUGGCCCCAAUAUUUGGAUGCGCAAAGACGGAGAUGAGAAAAGCAAACCUAAUUCCAAAGAUUAUGCUGCGCGUUUCAUACGAGACCACUCGAAAAUAUAAUAAUGGUGAUAUCGUUUUAUAUUUAAACUGUUGGUUGACAGUUUGCAAAAGUCAGGAUGUUUUGGGAAACUUUUGUGCGUAUCACAAGUGAUCAUCGACUUUCCUGAUUUCACACGACAUUAACAUCUGAAGCCAAAUGGGACGUGACCUGUUUUGAAGAAGCAACGAGAUGGAUCGCACAAGAUUGAUAGGCCAGUAUUAAUCUAAAUAUGGUGUUGUUGUAUGGUAUUCGUUAUCUGUUAGUAUCUAACGUUAUAUUUUCUGUAAAUGCCCAUCAGUAAAUGAAGUUUUUUUUUUCUCAAGGCCUUACUUAUUUGUCACCUCUAUUACUUUCCGAAGCGAAUACUUAUUUGUUAUUUUGAAUUUCCGAAUUCUACAUCGCAAAUGGAAUGAUACGCAAAUAUACACAAAUUUAACAAAAAUAGAUAAAAUAAUAAGAUAUCUCGAAAGAUUGUUAUCGUCUACCUAUACAAUAGACGAUUAGUAUUCAUAGAAAUAAAAUUUAAAUAUAGUCAGAUUAAUGCAAAUGUGUCAUUUAUCUUUAAAUUGUUCAUUUUAAUUUAGUGCGAAAUACUAAUAUGGAUGAAGAAGUUACGUAAACUCAGUUGAUGACCAAUUCACAUUAAUUUUUUGGUGCUUGACAUUGAAACUUCACCCCCCAUGUUCAGGCGAGUCGUUAUGAAACUAAAGUGAACGCUUAGCACCCGC